AUGGACGGUAGUGAGCCACGCCCGGGAGAGGAGGGCUUCGAUUUCGGUAUUAAGAAUAAAAAUGCGGGGAGGAACAGUUACAGUGUUGAUAAGGAGGAGGAGGAGGAGGAUAUUGCGCAUAAGCCAAGACAGCUACCAGAUGAUCUACCCACAUCGCUGGAUGAUAGAAGGUCUGUGCUGACGUUUCCGGCGGAGACGGAGAUGUAUGAUGCGUGGCAAGGCCAAUCCCAGUUCCUUACUACCCCAGUGCCUGCGAAACCGCUAUCCUUCAACCUUGCGCUCGAUGACGAAAGCCACGAUGAAGAACCUAGCAUUCGCUCCCAAUACACAAAUAGUUACUACCUUGAUCGAGAAGAUAACUCCACUGCGCGCAUGGAAGAUUCUGACGCGAGGUUGAUAGAAAUGUUGGCAGCCCAGGCUGCGCAUAGGGAGGUGGAAUUCGUCGGUAUGGAUGAGGAUGAUAUCGCCGCAGACGAAAAUAUGUCGAAAGGCGAAAAACGGGAAGUUUUACAGAAGAGCUUGAAUAUGGCGGCCAGCAAUGGUGAUGUAGAACGGGUGCGAAAGCUAGUGGGGGGAAAAGCGAGGGAAUAUGUCGAUGUCAACACUCCGGAUGAGGAGGGGACGGUGCCACUGAUAUACGCUAGUUGCUUUGGACACCAGGAGGUAGUUUCUGCCCUUCUUGAGGCGGGUGCCUAUGUCGACAAGCAAGACCGUAAUCAAUGGAGCGCGCUCAUGUGGGCAAUGACGAACCGACAUAAAACGAUUGCGAAAAUUCUCCUUGAUCAUGGCGCUUCACCAGAUAUCAAGUCAUCCUCCGGUGGGACGGCGUUCGAUUUCGUACAACCCGGGACCGACAUUUCGAAAUAUCUAAAUGAGAAUGGGUAUAAUUUUGGUGCAGCGGCAGCUGUGGGUGACUUCUAUGACUCUGGAUUUUCGCAUAACAGGUUUGAGGAAGAGAUGGCUGAGAAUGAAAUGAAAAGGAGGAUGAUUAUGGAGGAGAGUGCAAUAAAUUUGGAAGUUGACUUGUCGAGUUUGGGACUUGACGAGAAGCUUGAUUCUCCAGAUGAUUUCGAGGAUCAGCAGGAAUUUGUGUGGGAUCGAUGUCUUAAUGAUCAGAUGUUUGUCUUCCAAGAGAGCGAGCUUGAAAAUAUUCUGGAUAUUGUUAUUACGAACAUGACGCCGCAGCGAUCACCUUCGCAGAAACCCGUACCAGCCAACCUCCUUUUCCUCAGCGCCAGAUACGCACAUUACCAUUCGAGCCAGGAGCUGUUGGCGAAACUGCUCAUUUCGGCGACUGAGCGGAUUAAUGAGGUGGUGGAGAAGCACCAGUGGGAUAUGACCAUUUUAGCUUUUUGGAUAUCGAACGCAACCCUUCUCCUACAUUAUCUGAAGAAAGAUGGUGACUUGGUGCAAGCCACAGUUGAAUUUCAGCUCCAUCUUGCUGAACUAAUACACGAGAUCUUCAUCCUUAUCAUCCGGGACGCUGAGCGACGCAUGGAUAAGGUUCUGGAUACAGCCAUGCUGGACCACGAGACUAUUCCUGGAUUUGAAGAUGUCCAUUUCCAGAACGAAUGGAAACUAUUUCGUUCAAAGACGAAGGUAAAACCUGAGCCUCUGGAAAAGAGGUAUCGCCCUCCGUCACCUAAACGGAGGGCGCAGGUGUCGCCCCCGAAAUAUCACGUCGUUACUUUCGUCAACGUUGUUCGUAUUAGAUCUGUACGACGUGCACUCUAUCAUUACGACGCAGGUUCUAGCGCAGCUUUUUUAUUGCCCGAACAAAGGCGAUGCCAGAUUCGUAUGAAUGUCUCUGCACUAGAAGACUGGGCACGCAGCAACAACCGGCAGCCAGAACACUACGAGAACGGCUCAACAUCAUGCACCGGUGACAUCACGGUAGAUUCUGCUCGCAAAUACCUAGCCCCGGUUAUACAGCUGCUCCAGUGGCUUCAAUGUUUCUCCUCAUUAGGCGAUGACUCCGAAUCCCUAAUCGCGACCCUUCAGCAACUCCAGCAACUCACUCCGAGCCAGCUCUUACAUGCCGUGAAACACUACCGGCCCGAGGUGGGAGAAAAGGGCCUCUCCAAAGCCGCAAUGAAGUUCCUUGUCGAGCUACAAAACGACCCAUCCCGUCUCGACCAAAUCUACCACCCACAGUCUCCGAUGCUAAAACAGGAAGAAAACGGCUCUUCUCCUGCCACAGACUCGAAAGGCGCAUCUGCUCCGGAGUCGGCCACCACGAGCAAUAACCGUGAAACCGAAAAUCCACCACCAACCACAUCCACCGGGGAAAAAGAACCACCAUCUACACCACGUCCAUCUCAUAACAAUGGAUCCUCCUUAACCAGCAUCAUCCAACCAACCCCUCCAUCCACACCGUCUCUUUUCUCGGCCCCCCAAAAGCCAGACCCUUCAACACUCCUCCUGAAUCCAUCUAAGACACUCCCCUUUUCACUCCCGACAAGCACGGAUAUGCUUGUAAGCUAUGGUGCUGGGUUUGGGGGUGUGAAUCGGGAGAGGGAGAGGAAGUAUAUACCCACCGUGCCGACGGAGUUUUUGAACAAGUUUGAUAGGAGCUAA